AUGGAAUCCUUCGAAGACAAUAAGAGCAAGGGUUCUGCAGCUACCUCGACCAACAGCGAAGACGCACCCGACUUCAAAUUCGACAUCAACUGUGAGGAAGCAUGGACUUUUCUCGUCGAAACUUCCGACACCAGCCCUGGGUCCGGCCAAGUCUUCCUCAUCGCUGAAGACAAGAAGUUCUCCGUCCGUGAGAAUAUCCUGAUCAAGCACUCCAAGUACUUUGAGAGGUCUCUCCGAAACCCGCGAUACGUCGAGUCGCAGACCAAGACCUUCACCUUCGACGACAUCAAAGCAGUCCACCUUGGUGUUUACUUGCACCUUGUCUAUUGUCAGGUUUUCGGGCAAUCUGCCGAUGUUCCGUCCUUCGGGGAGCCGGAGCGUUGCAUCUGGUUUCCCGGCCAUGUCGAGAUCUACCAGCUUUGUGAUCGCUUCCUCAAUAAGGAUCUCGCCGUUGCUGUCUCCGAGGGCCUUCAAUGCUAUCUCAUCUUGGACCCGUCUGUUUGGCACGAUUCGUUCGUGAGCGAAGACUAUGAGAAUUUCUCGUCGUUCUACAUUAGAAGCCUCUCGCAGUGCUUCAAGCUACUCGACCAAAGUAGCGAGACGGACAGACACCUGCGACGCGCGAUUGUCUAUUCCCUCUGCCACUGCAUGCCUAUCGCUAUUUCUCAAGAAUGCCUCAAGCUUAUCCAGGGCAAUCACGAACUGCUCUUUGAGGUGGCUUCUUGCUAUGCCGGCAUGCUCCAGGAGGCAAGAAAGGAUAUGAAACCAACAGAGAAGCCGAAGCAGUGGGUUUAUCGUGGCAAGUGGGUGCAAGAGCGUUGA